AUGCGUACAGUGUCAGCGCUCGAAGAUCAACAGACACACACGAACACCAAGCCGAUCACCGCACCCAGCUUUCUCAAGCUCCGAGGCGCUGGGCGUAGGAAAUCCGACGCUAGUACAGAACGCAAACCUACAAGACCUAGACGGCCGAUAGUACAUCACAGGCCAUCAUCCACGGCAGUAGAAGUUCCCACUCCUGACCGUUUUCCUGAAGAUCCGGCCAUCGCGGCCAUCUCUGUACCUGCGCAGCCAGCGACAUCGAAGGUACGACGAGCCUUGACACCACGAGUGGCUCAGCUCAUUUCGCCAAGGGCGCUCAAGAGGAAAAGAGCACCGGCCCGAGUGACAGUCCGACCAUUGGCAGCAAGCUGCCAGCCUGCUGCUGCUACCAAAACGUCGCCACCAUCAUCGCCGGUCCCCGGUUUACAGCCGGUUUUCACCGCUGUUUCCACAGCCGCACCACCGACGUCGACGUCGCCAGUUCCCGGCUCCCAGCCGGCCUUCUCACACUCGGACGACGAGGAGCCACCUUCCAGGGCCUGCAUCGACUUGCUCCCGUGGAACCUCAAGGAGCUUACACUCUCGCCUCCUAGGCGAACGAGGCCUCUACGGGAAACUCUGUCGCCGUGGGACAUACGCGUCCGAAGAAGGACGAGUCCACGACAGAGGCGAGCUUCCGCCACUCCGCCGCCAAGGACUACGUCGGACAAAGAGAACGUCCACUAG